CCCACCCCACGCCGGAGAGGGGCCGGUUCUCCUCCUCCUGCUCCUCCAGCCCAGCCCUCCCCCUUCUUCCCAUCCCCUCUUUCCCCCCAACCUCCGCCGCUUUCGCCCGCUUGCUGCUGCUGCUGCUCCCGCCGCCAAGUCCAUGGAAAGCAUGACUCUGAGCGAGAGUCACAGCGGCGUCAACCAGCUCGGCGGCGUGUUCGUGAACGGCCGGCCGCUGCCCGAUUCCACCCGGCAGAAAAUCGUGGAACUGGCCCACAGCGGGGCCCGGCCCUGCGACAUCUCCCGAAUCCUGCAGACCCAUGCAGAUGCAAAAGUCCAAGUGCUGGACAAUCAAAACGUAUCGAAUGGCUGUGUGAGUAAAAUUCUGGGCAGGUAUUACGAAACUGGCUCCAUCCGACCGCGGGCAAUCGGAGGUAGUAAGCCGAGAGUAGCGACUCCAGAAGUUGUAAGCAAAAUAGCACAGUAUAAACGGGAGUGCCCCUCCAUCUUUGCUUGGGAGAUCCGAGACAGAUUACUAUCGGAGGGGGUCUGUACCAACGAUAAUAUACCCAGCGUCUCUUCGAUCAACAGAGUCCUCCGCAACCUGGCUAGCGAAAAGCAACAGAUGGGUGCCGAUGGAAUGUAUGACAAGCUGAGGAUGCUGAACGGGCAAAGCGGGACGUGGGGCACGAGGCCGGGCUGGUACCCGGGCACCUCCGUCCCAGGGCAGCCGGCGCCAGAUGGCUGCCCACAACAGGAAGGAGGGGCUGAAAAUACUAACUCCAUCAGUUCCAAUGGUGAAGAUUCAGACGAGGCUCAAAUGAGGCUCCAGCUGAAAAGGAAGUUACAGAGAAAUCGGACUUCCUUUACCCAAGAACAAAUUGAAGCGCUCGAGAAAGAAUUUGAGAGAACUCAUUAUCCUGAUGUUUUUGCCAGAGAGAGACUAGCUGCCAAAAUAGACUUGCCUGAAGCAAGAAUACAGGUGUGGUUUUCCAAUCGGAGGGCCAAGUGGAGACGAGAAGAGAAGCUAAGGAACCAGAGAAGACAAGCCAGCAACACCCCCAGUCAUAUUCCCAUCAGCAGUAGUUUCAGCACAAGUGUCUACCAACCAAUCCCACAGCCCACAACACCUGUUUCCUCUUUCACAUCAGGUUCAAUGCUGGGCAGAACAGACACCGCGCUAACAAACACAUACAGUGCUUUGCCACCCAUGCCUAGCUUCACAAUGGCUAACAACCUGCCUAUGCAACCCCCAGUACCCAGCCAGACUUCCUCCUACUCUUGCAUGCUGCCCACAAGUCCGUCAGUAAAUGGGAGGAGCUAUGAUACAUACACCCCUCCACACAUGCAGACACAUAUGAACAGCCAGCCAAUGGGCACUUCUGGUACUACUUCAACAGGUCUUAUUUCUCCGGGAGUGUCCGUUCCUGUUCAAGUUCCCGGCAGUGAACCGGAUAUGUCUCAGUAUUGGCCAAGAUUACAGUAAACCAUGUGUUGAUUUUGUAAAUUGCUAUAUGGACAACAGUUGGAGGAUCAGCUGUCUUUUUAAAAAGAAGAAUGGCUUUCAAAGUACUUCAGGCCUGUGACUGUGCCCUACGAUGUAACACAUGGAGAAAGACUUUAACAAGGACCUUUGUAUACUGAAGGCAUUAUAUCAGUUGGAACAAAUCUUCAUUUUGGUACCCAAACUUUUAUUCAUUUUGGUGUAUUAUUUGUAAAUGGGCAUUUGUAUGUUAUAAUGAAAAAAGAACAAUGUAGACUGAAUGGAUGUUUGCUUUUGUGUUGGUCAUGAAGUUGUUUUUUUAAAAAAAGGAAGCCAUGAUCAACAAGCUUUGCCACGAAUUAAGAGUUUUAUCAAGCUAUAUCGAAUACUUCUACCAAUCUGUUCAUAGAUUUCAGACUGAUGCUCCAAGGUUGUAUCAUUCCAUUGCAUAUAAAUUCAACCUGGGACAAUACACACUAGAUUUCUGUAAGAAAACUAUCUGUUGGGAUUUCCAAAGGUUAUUAACAGGUGACACUUAUGUGCAAACAAAGGAUUAAGAGAGAACUUCAAAGAAGAAAAGUUUGAUAGGGAAAGGGUAGAUUGUGUCUUCGAUAUAAUCCAAUUUGUUUUAUGUCAAAAUGUAAGUAUUUGUCUUCCCUAGAAAUCUCCCAGAAUGAUUUCUAUAAUAAAGUUAAUUUCAUUUAUAUUUGACAAGAAUAUUCUAUAGAUGUUUUAUACACAUUUUCAUGCAUCAAACGUUUCUUUUUUGGUCAGCAAAAGUUUAUUGUUCUUAGCUAUAGUUGUACUACUGUUCACAGUCCAAUCAUUUUUGUGCAUCUAGAAUUCAUUCCUAAUCAAUUAAAAGUGCUUGCAAGAGUUUUAAA